UUUGUUUCCACCAAAAGUCACCACGACAGGACAGACAAAAAUCUGCCAACACUCCACAAGAGUCUUCCAGACAUCAUGUCCCUCCUUUAUAUUUCCAUCUUAUGGGUCUGUGCCUGUGUGGACAGUGCAGAAUCUCUGGUUACUGUAUCAGCUGCAGUGGGUUCCACAGUCAUCCUGCCGUGUAAACUGACUGAAGAGUUCAAAAAUACAUCAUUUAUUAGGUGGCAGCUCAAUAAAGACCUUGUGUUUGAGAGAAGCAGUAAUAUCAGUAGGUCAGGUUCAGGAUAUGAAGGACGUGUGGAUGUUCCUCUGGACGAGUUGCGUAAAGGAAACUGUUCCCUGGUGUUGAAGAACGUCAGAUUUACUGAUGACCAAACCUACUAUUCCUUUAUAAUGGUACAUGUUGACAUUACUAACACUACAGAAGUGGAAGAAAUUACCAGAGUUAAUCUCUCAGUCUAUGCUCUUCAGAUAUCAGCUCCAGUGGGUUCCACAGUUGUCCUGCCGUGUGAUUGGAGUCAUCUGUCCAUCAAAACUCCUUACGUUCAGUGGUUUAUCGAUUCUGAGACUGUGUUUGAGCGAAAGGGUAAAGAUUCAUAUCCGGGUAAAGGAUAUGAGGGUCGUGUGGACGUUCCUGAGGACGAGCUGCUUAAAGGAAACUGUUCCCUGGUGAUGAAGAACAUCAGUGUUAGUGAUACAGGAAUCUACAGCAGCUCCAUGUUAAUUACAGACACACAGGAAUCUGUCUUGGUCCAGAAGGUUAAACUGACAGUUGGUAAGUGGAUUAAUCUCAGACGAUACUGAGUACGACACACAUCAGUACACAACGUUUAAAAUGUCUGGAAAGUUACUGAGUGACUUGAGCAGCAUGUUUCCUGUAGAUGUCAGUGUUUUUCAGUCCUGGUUGAGAGAGAACUACACAGUUUAAUGUUCCCAGAUCAUUCUAAAGCUUUUCAUGGCUGUGUUAGACUGAGUGAGGAGAACACACACCUCCUGUCCUGUAUUUCACUACUGUUUCAGCACACACUCAGUCACGUCCUCUCAAUAAUCAACACUCAAUCCUCAUCUAAGAGCCUUGUGAUCUGAUAAAGUACUGAAAUGGUUCUUAACCAAUAACUCUGAUCUGACAUUGAUAAAAUAUCUUCACUUUCCAUUUCCAGUUGAUUAAAACAUUAUAAAUGUAGAAUAAAUGAAAGUGACCCAGUGUUUGUGAUCCUUUCACUCUGAACAGGGUUUCAUGGAAAAAGCAGUACAUUAGGAUGGAAAAAGAACCUGGUUAGAU